AUGGAUGAAAUUUUGAGUGCUGAAAGAUUCUUUGAAGAACAUGAAAAACAGGUGCAGAUUAGUACCGAUAAUAACGAUGAUGAUGUUGAAGAUGAACUAUUAAAUGCACAUGAAAUGUUCAAAUGUGUACCAGAAAACACUAAAAAUCAAUUAUUGGAAGAGUUAUACACCUUUGAAGAUGGAGCUUUUCUUGUAUACAAUAGAAUCGAUUAUAAAGAAAUUGAUAGAGAUGCAGUUUUAGAAUCAAUUAGAAGAUUUUCUUAUGAUCAUGACAACAAUUUUGUAAUAGAAAGAUAUAUUGUAGCACUUGAUUAUUUAUUUGGAAGAGCUAGUAAUAUCACCAAUAUUAAAACACUUAAAUCUGUCAAAGUUAUGCAAAGAAAAGUAUGUGAUUAUGUUAUGAAUGGGGAGAUUGUUAAAGCUCGCCUGCGUGCUGAACAAAUACGAGCAUUAAAACGAUGUACAUUGGUAAGUCACGCAACACUGAGUAGAGAUUCACUCGAAAAAGCUAAAACGUUGGCAUUAAGCUCGAGAACUGUUAACGCACAAAUAUUUAAAGCUAAUGGAUUAAAGAAAGAAAAACUUAAGGCUGAAAGUAGUGAAUAUAAAUGUUUAGCAAUUUCCAUUGACUCAACAACGAAAAAUGAACAAGAAAUAUUCUGUGUGAUGUUGAGAUUGGUCAAAGGAAGAAAGUGUUAUUCAAUGCCUAUUAUAUUGAAUCAAUACAAAGGCCAAACAGAUGCAAAAACACUUGCUAAAUGGAUCAUUAGAAAAAUUGAAAAUUUGGGUUUGAACACUUAUAGAAUAGUGAAUUGUACUACUGAUGGAGCUGCUACUUGUGCUGGAUUAGAUGGCGGGAUUACAGUUGAAAUGAAUAAAUUGAUCGGUGUAUAUGAUCCAACGGAGCUUUCUUUGAUAGAUAGUGAAAUGAAAAAUUUUUGGUGUGCAGCUCACAGAGUAAAUUUGAUGGGAGAAUCACUUGAAAAUGAUGUUGAGAUCAAAAUGGUAAAAGUCUUCGCACAAUGGUUUUGUCGUAAAAACAGACUUGUAGAUUAUUGUGAUAAAUGUAGUAUUGGUCAUGGAUUCCGCACAACUUACUCUGAUACGAGGUGGUGUUACAUAUACAAAAAUCUUGAUGAUAUUACAAAUAACUAUGAAGAUGUGAGUCGAUAUAUAAAAAUACCAGAAGUGCUUCAGAAUCUUAUGACCGAGUUUGAAAAAAAUCACAUUACAUUCGUAGAAGGAAGAGUAUUAAAAAUUACACCUACGAAAAAGAAAAGUGUGUGUCACUCAUGGGCAAGCUGA